AUGGCUGUGUUGAAGGUGGGCGCUGGUGCCUUCCUUCCCGACAGAGAUGUCCGCACCGGUCGAUGUAGAAUCGCCAAGCAGCAGCCAGCUGCCCCUGUGGCCGUCCCCCCAGAGACACCACAGGCCGGGAACAAGAGGAAUGAUGAAGGGGCAAUCAAACCCCGUCAAGCACCGCAGCUUCCUCUAGACGAAGAAGAAGUUGCCGGAACGUUGGCAACUCCGUCUACGUCCAAGAAAGUUCCUGCGCCGAACAGCACUGCGCCCAAUAUGACGAUCAUCACAAACGAUGAUCACCGCGCCAAAUAUUAUGACGCUGAAUUACAAAUGACCAUCUUCACGCUGAAUUAUAAACGAUCACCGAACGGCACAAUGAGCGAGAGGAGGAGGUCACCAACCUCCUCGAAAAGUACAAUGCCCUCGCUGCCAAGCAUAGGUAGGGCCGAGCUCAUCCGUCGCAACGACGCUCCUGCUGCUGCCGCCACCGGCCCCGCCCCCGCCCGCCCACGUUUUGUGGCGGUGCCUAUGCCUGUGCCUGCCUCAGAUCCUGCGGCUCCGGCCGCCCAUGCUUCCGACAAGGCCGUUCAGUCUGAUUGUCCUAAGUUUCUCCAGCUCCAGGAGCGGGAGGCCGAGGUCGCAGUCGGAUUACAGCAAGUUCAUCCAGGUUCAGGACCUGGAAUCCGAGGUCGUGGAUCUCCUCGCAUGUUCAGUCGGAUUGUGAAAAGUUUAUCUGGGUCUAGGACCUGGAAGCCAAGGUUGGGGACCUUCUUGCCUAUUGUAUCUGGUGUACCCAGUCUACUACCUCAGCAGCACCACCCUCAGGGUAUCAGAAAAAUUGUUCGCUAG